AUGCCCGUAGUUUUCUUGCUCGGAAACCAUUCGAGCGGAAAGUCAACAUUUAUCAACUAUAUCACAGGAGCAGAAGUCCAGCACACCGGAGUGGCUCCCACCGAUGACAGUUUCACAGUAAUCGUCCCAGGCGACGAAACGUCGACGAAAGACGGUCGCACGCUCGUCGACGACCCCGAUUUCGGCUUUGGCGGCCUCCAGCACUUCGGGCUGUCCUUCCUGAGCCACUUAUCGAUGAAAGUGCGCAACGACAUUCGAACAAAAGACAUCAUUUUAGUGGACAGCCCCGGAAUGAUCGACAAUCCUUCUCUGGGCCUCACCAAGAACUCCUCGCACGACCGUGGCUACGAUUUCAUGAGCGUGACGAAGUGGUUCGCCGACAAAGCCGACGUGAUUUUGUUCUUUUUCGACCCGGACAAGCCGGGAACGACCGGCGAGACGCUUCAAGCGUUAACGCAGGCGCUGCAGGGGCAGGACGCGAAGCUCCGCAUCAUUCUAAACAAGGUCGAUCAGUUCUCGAAGGUUCACGACUUCGGCCGCGCGUACGGCGCGCUGGCGUGGAAUUUGGCGAAGGUAAUCCCGCGGAAAGACAUGCCGGAGAUCUUCACGAUGUGCGUUCCGCACGAUAAAGAAAUGAACGAGCCGACGAGUCCGUGCAUUCCGCUCGACGAUUUGCAGCACGUGCGCAGACAAGUUUUAGAAAUGGUGCUGAACGCACCGUUAGUGCGAUUAGACAACAUGAUCUCGCAGCUGAGCGACGCCACGCAUCUUUUAUUGCUGCAUUCCCGCGUGAUUUCAACGCUCAAAGCCACGCAGUCCAAAAUGAACACGCAGAAAUGGGUCUCUUCGAUCGGAUCCACUUGCUUGGGACUCGCCGCUGCCGCCGCGGUCGCAGCGACCGGACUGGCGGGCGCGUGGAGUCUGGGAAUAACCGCGGGGAUUGGGGCGUUGUCGGUGGCGAAUGGAGGCCGGAUAGUGGUGUCGCGGGAGAAGAAAAUAAAGAAGACGCUGGCGAAAAUGAGCGACGACGCGUAUCUGAACGACGUGUUUAAGAAGUUGUACUUUAAAGAGUUGUCGGGAGGCGAUGAAUUCGUUGUGUCCAUGUGGAGUCGGAUCUCCCCGUCGAUUAAACACAUGCUGGAGACGAUUGGAUUGAAGGAUUGCACGCCGCUGAAACGGUCGGAGAUCGCGAAGCUGGAGGAAAUCGUGAAUGUGACGCUGCCGCAGCUGCGAAGAGAGACGAAGCCGCUGCGAAGAGGAGACGAUCGAGAGAAGGAGAAGGAGGAAGAGGCAUGGAUUGUUUGUUGGAAACAGAAAGAGAAGGGGAAGGGGAUGAAGUGGUUGUGGUGA